GCAUAUCUAUAAGCGCCGCUUCUUGGCUUCUUCUUCAUUUUCUUCUCUGCUCACACGCUUCAUUUUUUUGAAAUUGCAUUUUGCUAUCUAGAGUUUACAAAAGAUAGUUUGCCGUUUUCCUCUCUUCAGCCGGUCCCUUUUUCACCGGUCGACGUCGUUUGUCUCUUCCGGCUGCCAUCGCCCGCCUCGCUUCACCUCAAAAUCAGGUGCAACCCAUUAUUUUUCGUCGUCUCACUUCCUCCGAUCUCGGCCUAUUCGUCCAGCGAUUCUGCCUCCCCAGCCCAACAGCCUCUCUCUCUCUCCCGUCGGUCGACGUCGCUUGCCUCCUCCGGUUAGCGUCGCCCGACUCGCUUCACCUCGAAUGCCCUGUAGCAGCAACCUUCGCCCCUCCCUAUAUCAGUGACCAGUUGAGGCCCAUUGGUCCGGCGACUCUGUAGCAGUUGCCGACGCCUCCCCAACCCAACGACUAAUAGCAGUAAAAUGGCGGACAAGGCGGUCACAAUCAGAACAAGAAAGUUCAUGACAAAUCGCAAGCAAUUCAUCAUCGACGUGUUGCAUCCAGGAAGACCUAAUGUUUCCAAGAGUUUGACUGGGGAUGAAGGCUCAAGUGAUGAAUCUGGACCUGAGGAAAGCGAAUUAUCUUUAUCUGAGGAUGAUGAGGAUGCUGUUCAAUCCAGUGAUGAUGAUGAUAAUUCAGUUAGUGCUUGCCAUGAUAAAGACUCUGUUGAAGAUAACAACCAUAGCAGUGUUAGCAAAGGUGAUGAACAUGAUAAGUUUGGUGUUGAAGACAGCGGUGGAAGGAGUGAUGAUUCUCGUGAAAUUGUUGAGGAGAGUGACUCAUCUGAAGAUGAGGUUGCACCUCGCAAUACUAUUGGAAAUGUUCCUUUGAAAUGGUACAAAGAUGAGGAACAUAUUGGAUAUGAUUUAUCUGGAAAGAAGAUAAAGAAAAAAGAGAAAACGAGCAAGCUCGAUUCUUUUCUUGCAAGGACUGAUGAUGCAAAGAGUUGGCGUAAGAUAAUAGAUGAGUACAAUGAUGAGGAAGUAGAGUUGACAAAAGAAGAGAUCAAUCUCAUCCGGAGAAUGAUGGAAUCAAAGGCACCUCAUGCUGAUUUCGAUCCAUAUCCUUCUUAUAUUGAUUGGUUCACUUGGGAUGGUGCUAAGCAUCCACUCUCAAAUGCACCAGAACCAAAGAGACGUUUCAUUCUCUCUAAGUGGGAUGCUAAAAAGGUUGUCAAGUAUGUCCGGGCCAUCAGGAAUGGGCAGAUUAAGUUUGAUGACAAACCCAAAGAAGAACAUAAAUUUUAUGACUUGUGGGGUGAAGCCAGUUCUGCUGAUAGACAGGGAUUGGCAUAUAUUCCUGCACCAAAACCUAAGCUUCCAGGUCAUGAGGAGUCUUACAAUCCCUCUUUAGAAUACAUCCCGACACAAGAAGAAAUUAAUGCUUACCAGCUCAUGUUUGAGGAGGACAGACCUAAAUUUAUACCAAAACAAUAUACUUCCCUGAGAAGUGUUCCUGCAUAUGAGAAAGCUGUCCAAGAAACAUUUGAUCGAUGUUUGGAUCUCUAUCUAUGCCCAAGAAAAUAUAAAAAACGUAUUAAUAUUGAUCCCGAGUCUUUGAAACCAAAGCUGCCAAGCCCUAGAAAUCUUAAACCGUAUCCAACAACUUGUUAUCUCGAGUACAGAGGCCAUAAGGGUCCAGUGACGACUAUUUCUGCAGAGACCACUGGACAAUGGAUUGCUUCUGGUUCAAAGGAUGGAACUGUUCGCAUUUGGGAAGUUGAAACUGGCAGGUGUCUCCAGAUCUGGAAUAUAGGUGAACCUAUUCAGGAGGUUGAAUGGAAUCCUGAGCUUCCAUUAUUAGCUGUAGCAGCGGGCCAAGAUGUGUUCAUUCUGCACACCAGGUGUGGAAGUGAUGAACAUCAGAAGAAGAUCGAUGAUCUUCUCCAUGUUGUACCGAAGACAGGGGCUGAUGACUUUGAUAUAAAUGCAUCCAUUGUCAACUGGGUUCAGGAUGAUGCACAUGGAGGAAUCAGACUGAAGCAUUUUAAGACUGUUAGUAAAGUGGAAUGGCAUCGUAAAGGAGACUAUCUUUCAACUCUCAUGCCAUCUGGCCAAUCAAGAUCAGUGUUAGUUCACCAACUCUCCAAAAAACUUACACAACGAAUUCCAUUCAAGACAAAAGGAAUUCAUGUUUCAAGUGCUUUUCAUCCCACUCGUUCCAUUUUCUUUGCUGCAACAAAAAAGGAUGUCCGCGUCUAUGAUCUAUUGACAAAAACUUGUCAAAAACUUGAACCUGGUGUCCGUGAAAUUUCAUCCAUAGCUAUCCACCCUGGUGGUGAUAAUGCCAUUGUUGGAAGCAAAGAUGGAAAGAUGUGUUGGUUUGACAUGGAUCUCUCAUCCAAACCUUAUAAAGUCCUUAGGUGCCACGGGAAGGAUAUCACCAGUGUUGCCUACCAUCGGUCUUAUCCUUUAUUUGCAUCAACCUCGGAUGAUUGCACCGCAUACGUGUUCCAUGGAAUGGUUUAUUCGGAUCUGAAUCAGAACCCGCUGAUAGUUCCCCUGGAGAUCCUCCGGGGGCAUUCCAGUUCCGACGGAAGAGGAGUCAUGGAUUGUAAGUUCCAUCCAAGGCAACCUUGGCUCUUCACCGCCGGUGCAGAUUCUUUGAUCAAGCUAUAUUGCCAUUAGCUUCUUCAUACACCAAUCAUACCCUAAUAUUUCAGACUGUUUUGUGUAUCGCUGAGCAAUUUUGAUCGACACUAGCUCAUGUUUCUUGCAAAAAGGUGGGUAGGAAUCAGAAACAAAGUCGUUCAUUUUGUAGUUGUAACUUGUAAAUUAAGUUUUACUAAUCCAUUGCCCUUUUCUUUUUCUC